CACAGACGUGAACAUGCUAAAACUCAAGGGAAUCGUGCUUAAGUGUGCCGCUAUGACAGGCUGACGCACCGACACAUAAUUGCUUUUCAGUCUUGUCUUCGUGCUUUCAAGACACAAGCUGUCGACACACUUUGCUAGGUAGAUCUCGGCAGCUUGAGAGAGAUGUUUGAUUCGGCUGCCGUCGGUGACAAACCUCAAUAAAGUCAAAUAGCCACAUUAAAGGCGAACGUCAGCUCGGCUUUAUCUGUGCUGAUGUGCGGCUGUCGGCUUGAGGGAUCCACAUCAGUUUUUCCUCCGAGCGGCUGUGUCCCUGUUCUCACUUUCCCGUUCAAUGCAGAGCGGAUUACACCGACGUCACUCAAAAGCAUUUCUCUACUGAAAUCCAUCCAUCAACUCUCUCCCUGAGAAUCAUCUCUGUAUUCCUCCCAAGUGGAAAGAUGAAAUGUUUGUGAAAUACAUCCAAAGGUUCUUAGCCACUUCCAAAAUCCCUUGAGCAGUUUCUUCUUUUUUUUUUCUUCUAAAGCCAAUUAUUUCACAUCAGAUCAAAGGCAUUUAUUUAGCAUUUACAGAGGAUAAGCUGAUGGCAGUGGGACUGAACACACACACACACACACACAAACACAUAUGUUUCCAUUUUAUCACACCUCACAACUACCACUGGAACAGUGUACAUUAUGUAUUUUUAAUGCAACACACACAACACCACUGACGGCUUUUUCUCUCCUCCCACCUUUUCUCAUUCGUCCGCAGGUGUCGGUGCACAGGAGUGGUGAGGUUUCUUCCCAGCAUGCCACUGGCACAGCAGCACCACAGGGCCACUGCGCCCACAGCGGUCUGGAUCUUUGCUUUCUCUCUAUUUCUUGCUCUACAGGGCGUCGUUCAUGCUGCUCCAUCAGGAGACAACAAGCUGGUGCGUACCACCAGAGUGAGGCGACAGACCCCAGGGGGGGAUCAGCCCCCCUCCGCUUCCUCAGCCAACGAGAGCCUGCGGGAGCAACCCGUGGUCUUUAACCACGUCUACAACAUCAAUGUACCCUUGGAGUCUCUGUGCUCCGUUGACCUGGACGCCUCCGCACCACCUGCCCCAGGGGAUGGUGCUCGUGCUGAGUUGGGGUCCAGACCUUCUGUGGAGGGACCAAUGGAUCCCAGUGGACCAACAGAAUACAUGGAGCAGACGCUGGAUGCAGACAGCCAGGUAACAUUCACUCACCGCAUCAACAUCCCAAAAGCUGCAUGCGGCUGUCCGGCAACAACCUCAAUCCAGCAACUUGCCACCAGGGUGGAGAUGCUGGAGAGAGAGGUGUCCCUGCUCAGAGCUCAGUGUGGGUCUGGAUGCUGUGGGGAGAGCUCAGCCAUGGGUCAUUUGGACUUUGUCCCAGGCUGCGGUGGCCACGGCAGCUUCAGCUUUGACCUUUGCGGCUGCAUCUGUGAGGAAGGUUGGGCCGGCAAAAACUGCUCGGAGCCUCGCUGCCCGGACGACUGCUCCGGCCAGGGCGUGUGCGUGGAAGGGGAGUGCGUGUGCGACCGGGACUUCGGGGGCGACAACUGCUCGGAGCCACGGUGCCCCUCGGACUGCUCGGGUCGCGGGCUCUGUAUCGACGGGGAGUGUGUGUGCGAGGAGUCCUUCACCGGCGAAGACUGCAUGGUCGGGAGGUGUCUCAACGACUGCUCGGACCAGGGGCUGUGCGUCAACGGGACGUGCCAGUGCAGGCCCGGCUACGUGGGGGAGGACUGCUCGCUGGUCUACUGCGCCAACAACUGCAGCAAGAAGGGAGUCUGCAAGGAGGGAUUCUGUGUCUGCCAGGAUGGCUUUGCAGGAGAUGACUGCAACUCUGUGGCACCGGCCAUGAAUGUGAAGAUACGAGGCGUGACUGAUCGCACAGUUGACGUGGAGUGGGAGGGGUCUGUUGUGCUGACAGAUUUCUUAGUGACCUACACACCGAGCAGCCCUGGAGGUGUGCAACUAGAGAUAAGGAUUCCAGGCAAUACCACCACCUACACUAUCUCAGGCCUGGAGGCAGGCAUGGAGUACAACAUCAACGUGUUCGCUGUCAUUAACAACAGUAUCAGCGUCCCUGCCAGCAUCACCGUUUCGACCUAUCUCUCCAAUCCGGAUGGUUUAGUCUUCAAAUACAUCACGGAGACGUCAGUGGAGGUCCAGUGGUUACCCUUCUACUAUUCCUUCGACGGAUGGGAGAUCAGCUUCAUCCCCAAGGACAAUGAUGGCGGGAUGACUGCCCAGCUGCCCAGCACCAUCACUUCCUUUGUUCAGACUGGCUUGAGACCAGGGGAGGAGUACACUGUUAACCUAGUGGCGCUCCGAGACCAGGGCCGAAGCCAGCCAUUCACUGCUACUGUCGUCACACUGAUCGAUGGCCCCACUCAGCUGAUUGUGCGGGAUGUGUCGGACACCGUAGCGUUUGUGGAGUGGACACCACCAAAAGCAAAGAUUGAUCAGAUUGUUUUACGUUACGGCCUGGUGGGAGGAGAGGGCCCACGGACCACCUUCCGCCUCCAGCCCACACUCAGCCAGUACUCCCUGCAGGUUCUGCGUCCCGGCUCACGUUACGAGGUGUCCGUGAGUGGAGUGAGAAAAGGAAACGAGAGCGGCUCUAUUUCCACUGAAUUUACUACCGCUUUAUCGUUCUUCUCAGAGAUCGAUGCCCCCAAGAACCUGCGGCUGCUGUCCAAGAGCUCCACCACCCUGGAGCUUGAAUGGGACAACAGUGAGGCUGAGGUGGAGGGCUACCAGGUGGUGUACAGCACUUUAGCAGGAGACCAGUAUGAUAAAGUCAUUGUACCACGCAAUGAGGGAGCCACCACUAAGACCUCCCUCACAGACCUGCUGCCAGGCACAGAGUACGGGAUCGGCAUUUCUGCCAUGAAAGGUAGCAACCAGAGUACACCGGCAACAAUGAACGCCAGGACGGGUCUGGAUGUGCCCCUGGAUCUAACUGUGAUGGCUUCGACAGACAACACCAUCACUCUGGUGUGGGGCGUGGUCCAGGGCCCCAUCGACCAUUACAAGGUCACCUACACAUCCUCCUCUGGCCUCACUGCUGAGCUGAAUGUGCCUAAAGACGUAACCACCACCACUCUGACCGACCUUGAGCCCGGUACCGAGUACACCAUCACUGUGGCAGCGAGAAGAGGACGGCAGCAGAGCACUGCAGCUACCAUAGAUGCGUUCACAGGAAUCAGGCCCGUAACCCACCUCUACUUGUCAGAGGUGACUUCAGACUCGGUGUCGGUGGCGUGGAGCGCCCCGGCACCGCCCGCUGAGCUCUUCAUCCUGAGCUACAGCUCCGCAGACGGGACCGACACCUCUAAGGUGACGCUGGACGGCUCCAAGACGAGGUCACUGGUCCAGGGGCUGCUGCCGUCCACUCAGUACACCGUCAGUCUGAUCACGAUACAGGGGGACGUUACCUCUGAGCCCAUUACAGCAUCGCUCACCACAGGCAUGGACCCACCUAAAGAGAUGACUGUGUCAGAUGUGACGGAAGACGCAGUGACUAUCUUUUGGAUCAAACCACUGGCUGCAUUUGAAUACUAUAAGCUGUCCUACCAAUCAGCCAGAGGUCGAGUGGACAGCGUGGUGAUGGACAGCGAUGUGACCAACUACACCUUGUCUAGCCUGUUUCCUGCUACAGAAUACGACAUCAGCCUCAGCGCUGUCAGGGGGAGUCAGGAGAGCAAAGUGGUCAGCACCUCCAUCUUCACAGCGAUGGACAUGCCGGCUGAAUUGACGGCUCUCAACAUCACUCCACAAGGAACCCUGCUGAAGUGGAAUCCACCUGUUUCCAUUGUGGACAACUACGUGCUGACCCUCACACACAACCAGGUGACAGCUGAUACUUUCCUUGUGGAAGGAAACAAGCAGGAGCACCAGCUGUCCAACCUUAAGCCAAGCACCACCUACUCUGUAGCCCUCUACGCCACCAAAGGACCCCUCACCAGCGGCACCGUCAUCACCAACCUCCAAACACCCAUGGACGCGCCCCUGAACCUGACAGCCAGUGAAGUGAAUCACCGCAGCGCUCUCAUCUCCUGGCAGCCGCCAAUCGCGGAAAUUGACAACUACAUGCUCACCUACAAGACACUUGACGGCAGCCGUAAAGAGCUGAUCCUGGAUGCAGAGGACACAUGGAUCCGACUAGAGGGACUGGCAGAGAACACAGAGUACACUGUCAAUCUCCAGGCUGCAAGAGGACUUGACACCAGCGCUGUAGUCUCCACUACCUUCACUACAGGGAGCCGUCUGUUUGCGACACCUCAGAAUUGUGCCCAACACCUGCUGAACGGAGAGACGCUGGGCGGCGUCUACACCAUUUACAUCAGCAGAGACCUGAGCCAGGGUGUGCAGGUGUACUGCGACAUGACCACCGAUGAAGGAGGCUGGAUUGUAUUUCAGCGUCGUCAGAACGGCCUCACAGACUUUUCCAGGAAGUGGAGUGACUAUCGGGUCGGCUUUGGAAACCUGGAGGAUGAAUUCUGGCUUGGUCUAGACAACAUCCAGAGGAUUGCUGCUCAGGGCCGUUAUGAGCUGAGAAUUGAUAUGAAGGACGGACAAGAGUCGGUCUACGCCAACUACGACAAAUUCUCCAUCGGAGAUGCAAGAAAUCUCUACAAGCUCAGGAUAGGAGAGUACAAUGGCACCGCUGGUGACUCUCUGAGCUACCACCAGGGCCGGCCCUUCUCCACAAAAGACAGAGAUAACGACAUCGCUGUCACUAACUGUGCCUCGUCUUACAAAGGAGCGUGGUGGUACAAGAACUGCCACCGGGCAAACCUCAACGGCAAAUACGGAGAGUCCAGACACAGUCAGGGUAUCAACUGGUACCACUGGAAAGGCCACGAAUUCUCUAUUCCUUUUGUGGAGAUGAAGAUGAGGCCAUUCAACUUCCGUAGCAUCAGCAGCAAGAGGAGGCGGUCUGCCCCUGUAUAAACAAACCACCUCCACCCAGCCCAGAGUCAUGGAUAAAUGGAGUUCGGACGAUGUUUACUGAUGUUUCUGCUGUCUGUGUGCACCACCGAUGUGCUCUUUCAUGCCUUUUAGUGUGGCUGCAAAGAAAAAAAAGUGGGGUUAUGACAAAAAGCUACUAAUAUUUUAUUAAUAUGUAGUUAUUAAAAAAAAAGAAGCAAAACUCAUCAUUAUUAAUGUACUACCAAUACGCAGGAACUGUUCUAACCAUUGAUGUGGUCAUGAAAUAUGAGAGAGGGCGAAACAAUGUCCGAACUCUGUUUAUCACUGCUCCAGCCCGGCUUUAGCUGUCUGCCCCUGCUGUACUUCUACCCAGAUGAUAGAGGACACUGUAUGUAAUUUAUGAAAUACUUUGAAUGACAAUGGUUCCAUUUGCUGUAAAAAAAAAAAAGAAAGAAAAAAAAAAAAAAAGGAAAGGCAAACCAAGAAGCUUUUUCUUUUCUUUUAGUCUGUGACUUGCCUUUCCCUAGGAUGCGAGGACAUGUGCUCACGACUGCGAGAGCUAACAUUAUUUUAACCAUUUUGAAAACAAACCCACUUUCAACGAAAAAUAUACUGUAAAUGCCCUUAAAACCCUUAACUGUAAGAUAUAUAUAUAUUUUUAUAGCUGAUAUUGUGACAAAAGGAAUCAUCUAUUUAACAUGAUUUGAUGCAUUGGUGUUUGAGCCUAUAUUAAGUUAAUGUAAUCCUAAAACAUGAUGACAAAUACUGGACAUUAGAGAUAAAAAAUAAUAUAAAUAAAAACUAAACUGAACAUCCAGAAUUCUCAUUCACCAAGCAGCGCACCAGCAACAGUUUCAUUACCAUCGAUUUGUUUGUUUUAUUUCUCUCCGUCUGUGUUGCUGUUGAAUACAGUACCCUUUGUGUUAAUUAUUAAAGCAGAAUGAAUAUUUAAUAUUAAACUCUAUUAUUAUUGGUAGCCACACUGAGAGAAUUUGCACUACAAGUGGGAACACAGCAAAGCUAUUCUUGUUCACUCAAUUCAAUUAUUUAUUUAGGCGUUCGUGGGCAUUUAGAUAUUGUUUCCUCGACUUUAAUAUCUGUCGUCGAUGCUGUGAUUGCUUGCAGAGAUGGUGCAGAUGGAUGGAACAUUUGAAGCUGAGGAAUUUCAUUUGAGCAUCACUGGUAAAAACAAACUUCCAUGAUAACCUUUCAGCAUAUUGUAAUUCAAGUAGUACCCCCAAGGAAGGGAGUUUUCUGAAAGAUGGAAGAUACCACCCUCACCCUGCAGCUCUCCCCUCUUUGUCCUAAACCGUUGAAUAGCGGCAACUCUAUAAGAAUUCCGGUCCUGUUUUCUUUGCAAUCUUUUGGGCCUGUAAAGCCCUUUGAGAUGAUUUUACUGUGAUUCAAGGCAUUAGAAAGCGACAAUAUCAGCAAAGCAUUUCAGGGAUGGGAGAGACAAUGUUACUAGUUAAGCGUUCUGCUAACCGUAGCUACAGUAGCCGUGAAGCUAUUCACAAUGUUUUCUCUCCAUCUCUAAAACGCUUCCCCUAAUACUGUCUCUCUUUUUGAAAAGUCCGUCUUCCUUUUCUUGGGGGGUUGCUUUGUAGUGUAGGUUGUUGCCAAUGUUUGAAGAGCACCUUUUGCUGCAGGAUAUCCCGCUUUUGAAUCAGGCUUUCACCGGAGGGCGGUGCAGCCACACAUCUGCAUUUGUAGAACAGCCAAUAGGAUACAACCUCUAUCUGAAACCUGAGACCUGUGGUUGGUCAAAGUGUGCCCUUAUGGGCUGGAUUCGGGAGGAGGUGCAGAAGGCUAGUUUCCUCUCAGACACUAUGUUAAAGGUUAUUGUGGAAUUCUUUCCCAAUGAUGCCUAAAAUUCCUUGCGUACCGCAGCUGUGACCAAAGAUCUGCAUAAUAAAGACUCUGCUGUUUGGAAAGAUGCCAGUUUGUUUUGUCACCAAAGCCACUGAAGCAGCUUCUUCCUGUAUUAAUAGAUUCUCACUUUUAAGGGACUUUUAUGGUAUUCAUGUCCCUCGGCAUUUUAUGCAAUGUGAACACUGCCUUCUAUGCAAAAGAAAGUCAGGGGGGGCAUAGUGCAUAGAUUUUAGCCUGGCCUCUCUCCCACUGCUACAGCUCAAAUGAACUUAACAAAGGAUAACAGAGAGUGGAGUGGAGCCAAGUUUCUCCUUCUGUGCCCUUCUUCUAAGUUACUUCGCUAUUUAAGCUCCCCAGUGAAACAACACGAUCAGCAAGUGUGGCAGAGAAUGUCUUCUUCUAGUAGGGUGGGCGUAAUCUGCAGCAGACCCACCGAGCAUUUUGUUCCCUUCAGUGUUCACAUUGUCACACAAAGCCUUCGGUGCGUUUAGUUGACUGCUGUUUUUCUGGAAAAUGUUUGAAGACUAAAACACAUAACUUGUAAAAAAUCUCCUCUCUGGCUACAUACUAUCAAUAACGAACAUGUGUUGUCCAAUACAAUCAAUGUCACCAUCGCUGCAAGAGACAAUUGUUCUCAGAUAUAUGUUCAAUAAUCCAAAUAUUAACAGCUGGAAAUCUCAUUCUUAAGUAGCCUUCGUCUGUUUCUUCGUUUCAGUUCUCUUAUUGAAGCAAACCAGAACAUCUGGCUUGUGUCCUGUGUAUAUUUUUCAUUUGUUUUUUGGUGACUUUCCCCUCUAUAAACUACUAAUAUACUCACGUAGAUAUAGAGCUGAAGAUAAUGUGACUUUUAAUGUGUUCCCCCUUUAGAUGCAAACUAAUUCAGAUGGCCUUCUGAAACAUUUCCCUUUUAACCGCUGUACUUUUAACCAUUGUUAUGUUAAAGAUGAAUGGAGCCCACCGCAUGUUGACUAAAUUGCAAUCAAGAGUCUGAUAGUAAAUAACAAAUGUCAUAAGAAUGUGUUUGUGACAUAUUUCUUUGCUGAUCUGGGUAAGCGGUUGUCUUGAGAUAGUUUGUACGGUAGAAGAUGUAGAUGGUAUAGAUUCAUCAGGACUCUAAGCUCUUGUGCAAACAGUGAAAUUGCCCACAUGGGCAAAAGUUAAAAUAUAAUCUAUAAGAAAACGGUUUCAACAUGUGACCUUUCCCAGGUCUGAUUCAUGGUUCACCGUCAAAGUGACUGUUUCAGAGCCUCUCAUGCGAUCCACCUCCCACAGUGAUUUAUAGUAGAAUAGGGAAUUCUCCAAGUACUUAUUUCAUUAACUAUUUAGAUGAAGUUUGCCUCGGUGCAUCUUUGUACGAUGGUCAAAGGUCACGAAGCUUUGCAGAAAAGAAACAGAAUGUUGUUUGUAUUGUAAGAGAUUUCUCUCAUGGCAAACUAUAAGAUGCUCUUAUUAUAAUUUGUUCCUUUACUCAUUCAUCAGCUUAAGUUUCAAUGUGAAAACCACAAAAACAAAUUGUUUGUUUCAAGUUGCAUUACUGUGGAUAUUUUUUAUUCUUUUUCCAUUUGUUUGAAAAAGAAAAAACUUUCAGGACAACAAAUCCUGCCCAUCUUGUCAUGGUAAUAACAUGGUAAUAACAUGUUUGAUAUGACAAUGUUAAAAGAGCCUGACUUGUGAUUUGGUAUUAUGAUGCCAGGGUCAUUAACAUAAAUCAAGUAGUUUGUUUUCCUUAUGGCAAGCUACCAAAGUCUUAUUUUAAAUCUUUUGGGAGGGAUGAAAAGAGAAUCUCCUAAAUCUUUUUAAAUUAAAACUCCGUCCGUCACUAGAAUACACUCACACUGUAUUACUAUUUAUUUCUGCUGAGCUCCUUACAGGAAACUUGUUCGUCUUAUUUUUUCAAUUACACUGACUGAUGCAUCAUUGUGGUAAAAAUACAGUAAUUAAUGACACAUGGUCCUCUAUGAUAUCAAACUGAAAAUGCUUUGUUUCAUGGGUUUACUUUUACAUGUUGAAUGAACUGAUACGACCGCCCUGUAUGGUAAUAUCUCUUAUACAAGCCAGACACUGAAACUGCAUUGAUUUGAAAUCUUGCCAUGAAAUAUAAAUGUUGACAAAAUCUCGACUGUUUGAGAAGCUCAUUAUGCUGAAACUAAGGAUUUAUUGUUGGAUAAUCUUGGAUAUUACUGUCAAAUUUAGCUCUAGUUUGACUUAAACAUGUACUAUAUAGUUCCUUUUUUAUUACAUUUUCUACAUAUUAAUAAAAUAUUCAAAUCGUCUGA